GGGCAAACAAAUUUAUAUUAGUUAAAUUUGAAUACACUGCUCAUAUUAUUUACAAUUUGGAAGGGUUUUUUGAAGUUCGUACCCGGAAUAUGCGGGUUCGCAGUUCGUCUGAUGUCUAUUUUACGCGAAGGAAAGCUAACUUAAGAUGUAAGACCUCCUAAACUCAAGUAAGUAACAAUCAUUUGCGACGACAACCGACUUAUUAGUGGUUUCAAAUGGUGUUGUGCGUUGCAGACGUGAAUUUUUCAAAUUUAAUCUUCACUAUUCAAACCGAUGGUCUCGGAAUUACUUCGUGGAUUAAAGGGGUUUGUUCCCGUUAUUGUCACAAGUUUAUUGUUGAGCUGUUAUGAAUGUGUUGUAAAUCAGACAUUCAAUAUGACCGAUUUCAGGUAAAACGUGAUGUUGGUGUGAACUCUCAUUUAAAAUUGCUUUUAUAUCAGUGUCUGGUGUUUUCCGAUCAGGGGCACCCAACGACUGUUUUCUGUAAAAUAUCUGUUCGGAGAAGCAAAUAUUACCUAGAAUUUUCUAUAACUUGAGGACGGCUAAAAAUGUAUUCAUGUAGAAUUUUCGACGAUUUUCCAAUAAAUUCACUACUGCGUCUAUUGUCUGAAGUUUAAUUUCACAUUUUACUCCCCACGUUAGGCUAUUUUCGUAGUAAAAAGGAAACCUAAAAUUUUCGGAUUCAAAAAUGCGAUGUAGAGAGGAAUUAGAAAAAUUCUCACUUUCGUAAUAAGACGUUAAAUUACACCUAAAAUUCUCGGGAAAGUACCACUGGAGCCCCAAUAAUUUCCAACAGACUCAAGUUGCCCUAUAGGAUGACCGAACAGAUACAAAUUUUAUAGCGCCGCUUAGAAUGCAUUUCUAGAGAUCUAAAAGUACUCUGGAUAGCCUAAAAGGUGUUUUCAAUGUAUGUAGGAGGAAACUGUCGUUGGGUGCCCCUGUCCGAUGCAAAGGAAAACAGCAGCUAAGGGCUACAGAUGAGAAAGGGAAAAUUGGCAACGCUCUGAAACAUGAAUCACAGUUUCUUUGUAAACAUAUAUUAUGAGCGAAUUGUUAUGUCUGGCUGAAUAAGGCUUGUUAACUCAGAAUGGUCUUGAUCUUAUAGAGUUUUAUAGGCAAAAUAAUAUUAAGUAACAUACGUGUAUGUUGAGAUUGAGACAUGAAGCCAGGGCAAAUAUUUUGUUUUUGACAUAGGUUAGCGAGAGUUCAGUCGCGAGUAGCCAAAACCUGCGGGUUUAUAUAAGCAGGCCUGUUAAAAUAACCAGAGGUCAUAAUUAACUCUUCGUGCUUUGGCUGCGUGACUGGAUGUUAAAAAUUGUUGUGGCUCCGUCGCGCGGGCCGUUCUUUCUCGCACUCAAUAGGGACAGCUACGAAAACGUCACUUACAAAUUGAAUUCAUGCUGCUUCAAACUUUAUCGCGCCUAUUCCAACUCGUUCAGUUCGUCAAAUGUUGGUGUUUUUUUCUGGAUUUGAAUUUUAAGAGACUGUAUCGAAGUUCAGGAAAGGAUAAAGAACGGUCAUUGUCUGUGUUCACGUGCUAAAUUUUAAAGCAUUUUCACGUCGUAUUCGUGCUUUACCAAGCGCCAGCUACGCAGGCCAUAGGUUUUGUUAUUAAACCUGGCAGCCUUUUAAGAUUGAAUACUUAAGAUCGGCUUUUGAAUCCUAUGCGGGGUGGUCAUUUUUUCUUAACUAAUACAGUCGAUGUAGUAAGCCAGGGAGCUGAGGGAGGAUACUUUGUGGUUUUUCAGCUCAUGCGUUUUCUUGACUUCGAAGAUCACCAAGGAUUAUCUCUUGAUCAGACUCUGUGGUAUGAAUUGCAUGGUACAGUUUCAGUGCUUUAAUAAGGACCAUAAGAAUGACAUAUCUUUCAAUAAUAGCUUUAAACUAAUGCUACAAAGGCAAUGCAAGCCAAUCGUGAGGUGGUAACGCAACCCCAUCCGAUGGCAUGCAACAUCCCCUGUAGCCUAUUACUAGGAAGUACCCCCUCCCCUCCACCAUCCAGGGGUUGGAGAUCUGCAACAGCAGGAGUUUGUAUCAAAAGUUAAAGUUCUACUGUUUUUUAAUUCAUCAACCCCGUUGGUAUUUGGUUUACAGAGAUCUACACGGGACUCAGCUUCUACAGUCACGCACGUCAUUAAUGAAUUCAGAACAUGCGACAAAACUUCGGUCUAUUUGUUCCCUCGUUAUCGGACGAGACGAAAAGCACUUUUACGUUUAACUGAUAGAAACACGAUUAUAUUGGUUGCAGGAAUCGGCUGUACUAUACCAUGCAACUCAACAUGGACGCCAGGAACCAUUUCGCCAUGAGGGCUCGAAUUGAGAUGCACCAAGGGAAUUAUCAAGAAGCCUUGCGAUUUCUAUCCAUGGCUCUUAAUCAAAUACCUCCCUUCCUUGGCAAAGUUGCCGCUCCUCUUCUUGCUGAUCGAGCAGAGUGCUUUUGGCAGCUGGGUCAUGCUGGAAAAGCAGUGCAGGAGAUGAUGAAUGCCAGAGACGCUGGAUUACCUGCUUACGGCGAGAACUCAGAGGUAGCUUUUGUAUUUUUACUGUACCAGCGUUGUUUCUUCUUUGAUUGA